GUGAAAGGCACAUGUGCGCUCCAACGAGCAUUACUAAGAGCAAACAUGUUUUAUUUGCACAUGAUAGUGUAUUUUGUGGCAAUUUUACAAGAAAUACAAGCGGCUCGGAUCCUAGGCGUGUUCCCUAUACCCUCAAUCAGUCAUCAAGUAGUCUUCCGUCGUCUGACCUUAGAGCUUCACAAAAGGGGUCAUGAACUAGUGGUUGUGACCACUGACCCUGUGUUCAAAACAGGACAAGCACCUGCGAAUUACACAGAAAUAGAUGUACAUGACGUUUCUUAUUCAGCCUGGAGAGACGGCUUCAUGAAAACCUCUAAAGGAAACGCUAAUGAUCUUUACGAACAAAUCGCCAUUGCUUUAAACUUGGGCAUAGAUUUGCUUGAACUACAAAUGAAAAACAAAGAAGUCCAAGCGUUGCUAAGGAAGAGAAAAGAGAAGAAGUUUGAUUUGCUCCUUCUAGAAGCAUGCAUCAGAUCAACGAUGGUCUUGACGCAUGUGUUUGAUGCACCGGCAAUCCUCAUCAGUUCAUUUGGAGGUGUAGAAUUCAUGUCGAAAAUGAUGGGUGUCCCAACCCAUCCUAUUUUAUAUCCACCACCGUUGCAUCAAAGACUUUAUAAUUUAACGUUCUUGGAGAAAAUCGGUGAGAUAUACACCCAUUACUAUAUGGAGUAUCUAUAUUGGCGAUCUGAACCCCAGGAGAAUCAAAUGGCAAAAAGGCUUUUCGGCCCGAACACUCCAACUAUCAGAGAAACCCAGAAGAACGUACAGAUGGCACUCCUGAAUGUACACGCGAUUUGGGAGGAAAAUCGUCCUGUCCCUCCGAAUGUUAUAUACAUUGGAGGUAUUCAUCAGAAUCCAGAAAAAAACUUGCCCAAGGAUUUGAAGGAAUAUUUAGACUCUUCAAAACAUGGCGUUAUAUACAUUAGUUUCGGCACCAACGUGGAACCAUCGUUACUACCUCCAGAACGGAUUCAACUCUUCAUUAAAGUGUUCUCCGAACUGCCUUACGAUGUGCUCUGGAAAUGGGACAAAGAUGAACUGCCCGGGAGCUCAAAGAACAUCAGAAUAGCAAAGUGGCUGCCUCAAUCAGAUUUACUUAGACACCCAAAGAUCAAGGCGUUCAUAACUCAAGGGGGUCUGCAAUCGACCGAAGAAGCGAUCACAGCUGGAGUGCCACUGAUUGGAAUGCCUAUGUUGAUGGACCAGUGGUACAAUGUCGAGAAAUACGUUCGACACAACAUCGGUUUGAGACUCGAUUUGGGUUCCGUUACAGAGGAAUCUCUCAGAAAUGCCAUCAACACUAUCACUGGUGACGAAAGCUACCGUCAGAAUAUAGCUCGUCUCCGUAGUCAGGUCUACGAUCAGCCCCAGAGCUCAGUAGACCGCGCCGUGUGGUGGACUGAGCACGUGCUGCGCCACGGAGGAGCCACUCAUCUCCGAGCCGCAGGAGCCUUGAAAUCUUGGACUGAAUAUUUUGAACUAAAUUUAAUUGCAGUUUUACUAGUCACUUUCCUAAUUGUUAUUGCAUUAAUUGCAAGUUUAAUAUCUUCUUUAGUGACGUCAAUGAAAUUGUAUUUUAAUUAUUAUGACAAAUUAAAAAAACAUUGAAAAUCU